CUUGCAUGCCUCGCACACCAGCUGUUGGCAUCACCAAUCGAACCGGAGCCGACUGCAGCUCCAGCGCCAUAUCCAACGCAUCCAAUGGACGACCCUGAAUGGGUGCCACCGCAGGGACCUCAGGAGGAACUCGACAAACAAUUCUGGAUCAAAUCCGGGCAACAGCUUGUCGCGAAACAUCUAUCCAAGAAUACACCAAACCGCAACUUCGCCAAAAACGUAAUCAUCUUCAUAGCGGACGGAAUGUCGAUCACCACUCAGUCGGCUGCUCGAGUCUACAUGGGUGGGGAACAUCUUGCGCUGUCCUUCGAAGAAUUCCCUUACGCCGGACUGGUGAAGACGUACUGCAUCAACUAUCAGGUGUCCGAUUCGGGAUGCACCGCUGCGGCAAUCCUUACCGGAGUGAAGAACAACUAUGGCACAAUAGCCGUUAGUGGGCACGUUCCGCUGAUGAACUGCGAGCGCAGUUUGGUGGAAGAGAACCAACUGACGUCGAUCUUGAAGUACGCCCAACUGGACGGCCGUUCGACGGGAGUUGUGACCAAUACGAGAAUUACGCACGCCACGCCAGCAGUUUCGUAUGCCGUGUCAGGUGCCCGCUACUGGGAGGAUGACGAGGAAGUACCGGACGGCUGCAUGGAUAUUGCGAAGCAGCUGGUUUACGGCGAUAUCGGGAGAAACUUGACCGUGGCUCUUGGUGGGGGUUCGCGACAUUUCUUCCCGGCAGGUGUACCAAUUCAAGAGCAUGGAACGGUUGGACGGAGGCGUGAUGGUCGGUAUUUGGCAAGUGAGUGGCUGCAGCUAUCGGACCAACAGGGGCAGCGAGCGACUUUCGUGAGCAGUCGGCAAGAACUCGUCAAUGUAACCGGUCGGACAGCUGACCGAUUGUUUGGUUUGUUUUCCGGAAAUCAUAUGAGCUAUCGCUUGGAGCAAGCUGCCGAAGAACCAACACUCGAGGAGAUGACUGCCAAAGCGCUGGAGUUGCUGUCAAAGAAUGACAAAGGAUAUGUGCUGAUUGUUGAGGGUGGCCGAAUUGAUCACGCCCAUCACGACAAUUUGGCUCGCCUGGCCCUGGAUGAAACUGUUGAAUAUCACAAAGCGGUUCAGUAUGCGGCACAACACACCAACGAGGAUGACACAUUGAUCGUUGUGACGGCGGAUCAUUCCCACACGCUCACCAUGGGUGGAUAUCCAGUACGGGGCAACAAUAUCUUGGCGACCGGUGACUUCUCCCGGCUGGACCGAAUGCCGUUUUUCACUCUCACGUACGCGAACGGGCCGAGUUAUUUCGACCAUUUUUCACAGACGGCGCCAGGUCGUGCAAAUCCGCUAUUCAUGGACUCCCAACAUCCGGCUUUCACCUUUCCGUCGGCCGUUCCCUACGAAGACGAAACCCACGGCGGCGAUGACGUGGCGGUUUUCGCGCGGGGUCCGUACUCCCAUCUUUUCAGCGGCCUCUACGAACAGCACCUGAUAGCGCAUUUAAUCUGGUACGCUUCCUGUUUGGGUCCGGAUGGCAGGCAUCAGUCGGAAGCCUGCUUGCGGAGAUUGGAGGGAGCAGCAACCGCAAUUAGAGUUCCCCGUUUUGCCUGGAUGGUUUGUCUGGCGGUAAUCGCGCUUUUCCAACAGCUGACAAUUUAAUAGAGUUAAUAAAAAUUCCUUUUCGAACGGAAAAUUCCUUCGUUGCGCGCCAUCAAUCUUGCUGGCUUGACAGGCACCUGUUGCGUACAAUGCUUCCAUCCGGCUUCUGGCGAAACCAUUCGCGUUGAAAAACUUGAAACAUUGUAACAAAUUUCCUCUCACGGGCUCUCGAAAUCGAAAGGCGAGGACGGUUGGGUAGGCUGCGUUGA